AUGAGGAAGCUGAGAAUUAAAAGUUUAUUAUUAACAUUGGGAUUUGCAGCAUGUAUUUCAGCUGUAACUGUCACGUUAUUAAUAGUCAUUGGAAGACCUGAAUCAAGCCCACAAACAACGGAUUCAAGUGUGAGCUCAAGUACUGAAGAAACGUUUACUUCCGAUGAUUCAACACUACCAGACGCCAGCACAGGAACUACGGAUUCAAGUGUGAGCUCAAGUACUGAAGAUACGUUAACUUCCGAUGAUUCAACAUUAGACACCAGCACAGGAAAUGGUAGCACACAAACAACGGAUUCAAGUGUGAGCACUGAAGAAACGAUUACUUCAGAUGAUCCAACAUUAGACACCAGCACAGUUCGGAUACCACCUACAGCUCCCCCGAUUACAGACGAUCCUGAAUUUUGGGAUUAUUAUGCAUAUCAAAAUUAGAUAUGAAUUUUAAAAUUGGAUUUAUUCUCAUCAGAUUUCAACAGUCUAUAAAAAAGGUUUUCAAGAUUUUAAAUAUGACAAUCCGACAAAUAAAACAUGUUUUGAAAAACGA